GCGGCACACACAGCCCCAGUGACCAUCAUCCAGAAAUGAUCUACGCGAUUCUUGUGUUCUGUCUUCUGGUCAGUGGGCCAGCGGCCCUGGCCGAAAAGGAGGCCGCCGCCAAGGAUCAGGCGACCCGUUUGGCCGGAAUAUAUGUGAAGGAUGGCAACGAAAACGGGCAGCUGAGGUUCCUGGCCUCGGGACUGAACUCUGGCAGCAGCAGCAGCAGCUCGAGCACAGGCCUUAACUCGGCUCUUAACCAGUACAUAACCAAUAAGCAGGACAUGCUGGAGCAGUUGCGUCCCACUGGCUCUGGAACGGGCACUACAUCAGGCACGGGAACAACGGCGGUAACGGGAACAACAUCCACUGGCAGUGGCACUGGAGGCGGUACGGUGACAACUACUGCGAACGGAGCUAUCUACGUGCAUCUGGGUAACUCGGGGUCCUCCUCGUCGUCAUCCUCCUCCUCGUCGUCGUCUGCCUCCAACGCGGCUCUUAACCAGGUGAUCUAUGGAUCCUCGCCGAUCGCCGGUCUUUUGCCACAGAUCGUUGGCCAGGCGGUGUCCAGUCGAGUGCGUCCUGGUCAGAAUAACAGGAGGCGGGUUCCCGCCCGCAGGCGUAGGGUCAACAAGAGGCGUGGCAGCGUUAACAACAACCAGCGACGUCGGCGACGUGGCAACAAGCGGGGCAAGAACAAGAACAAGGCCCAGGUGAUGGUGGUGCGGCCAAAUCGCGGUUAAAAAAAACGACCUGCCCUAGUUAAGAUUUUUUUUUUUCGAAUGAUUAUUAUUAGU